GAUAAGAAGAGUUUGAAGAAGAAAAAUGUGUCGUCUGCUUCUAGCAUUAGUUUAAACAGGUAUUCCAGAUCGUGUAGACUGAAAUGAAUGACUGCUAGACCAAUUGAGCCUCUCAGGGUUGUUUUUGUGAAAUGGCUGGUCUUUGUCAGCAUCAGGAAGAUGAUGAAUUAAAUCAGCAAUAUGAAUACCAUGGUUUGAUUACAAGCAUAUUCCAGAGCAGAAUAAAACAGCCUGAUGAAGAAAUGGUGAACUGUUUACAGGAUGCAUUACACAACCUUACAGCACAAGAAUCAGAAGAAUAUAACAAGACUAAAAAGGCACUUGAAAAUGACAAAAAAGAAAUUGUUUACAUGAAGAAAUCAGCAUCACAUGGAAGGGAUGUUGAUCAUUUGCCUGAUGAAACAACAGAUACAAAUCUGAAAUGUAGCAACAGCUUCAGAAAACAUCCUAAAUCAGGACAUGUCAGCAUUAUAAUGGACAGAUCAAAUAGAUUUCACCAAGACAUUAACAUUUCAAAUGUGUCAGAUGUUGUUCUUUCUAUAAAUAAUUCUGCCACUAGAAAUUCAUUUCAAAAUUUUCAAAAUGGAACCGAAUGCAGUCAUCACAAAACUACAGUUCAAAGUCAACAAAUUGAUACUAAAGUGAUAUCAUCUAGACGUGAAAGUCUGGACACAAUACCGGAAUAUAAUGAAACAACAGAAUUUGUGGAUCAGAUUGAAGCUACAUUUAAAGCAUCCAGUGAUGCUAUCGGUGACAAUGAGAUGAAUGAUGUUGGUAAGCAUAUGAAAUGCUCUGUCAAUACUAAUUGUUCUGCUAAUGGACAUAAUAAUACUUCUAAACAAAAAGAGGAGGCAGAAAAAAGCACUUCUGAACAAAAAGAGGAGGCAGCAAAAAAUGAUGAUGCCGAUGACACUGUAGUGGAUCCCAAAAACAUUGACAUUAAAGAACAAGGUAUUUUGAAGGAGGAAGAUGAUGAUGUAAAGUACAAAGUACAAACAGACAGUACUGAAGUGAAGUUGAGGACUGAAGACAGCCCGGACCAAUCAAAGGAAUUAGAAGGAAUAAGCCAUAAUCCAACUUGUGACAAAAUUGAAGGAGUUUCAGAAAAUCUCAAGGCAGAUGAAGGAAAAUGUGUAGAUGAAGUUGAAAAUGCAAUAUCAAAUACAGACCCUAAAAGAAGGGGAAGCAAAAUUAAGGGAAAUAAAGAGAUUAAAAUUUCACAGGAGGAAAGAAAACAGGAACAUAAAAGUACAACAGUUCUUAGAAUAUCUGUCAAAAAUGUCAAUGAUAAUUUUGAUUCAAAUACAGAAAGUGGACUGGAAUGUGCAGACUCAUCUAAAAGUGAUGCUGAUGUAAUGGGUCCCAAAAACAUUGACACUAAAGAACAAUGCAUUUUGAAGGAUGAAGAUGAUGAUGUAAAAUUCAAAAUACAAAGAGGUGGUGCUGAAGUGUUGUUGAGGGCUGAAGAAAAGAAUCAGUCAAAAGAAUUAGAAGGAAUGAGCCGUACUCCAACUUAUGACAAAAUUGAAAGAGUUUCUGAAAGUAUCAAGACAGAUGAAGGAAAAUUUGUAGAUCAAGUUGAAAAUGCAAUUUCAAAUACAGACCCUAAAAGAAGAGAUGAAGAGAUUGAAAUUUCACAGGAGGAGAGAAACCAUGAACAUAAAAGUACAACUGUUCUUAGAAUUUCUGUCAAAGAUGUCAAUGAUGUUGAUUCAAACACAGAAAGCAGACAUUUUGUGAAGAAUGAUAUAGAGGAACAGAAAUUAGAACAGGACAACAAUGAUUCGCCAGACCUUUGUGUAGAAGAGAAUAUUCUUUAUGCAGAAGAGUCUGAAAGUAAGGAGUCUGAGGAAAAGCUGUCUCUGAAAGACUUAGCAUUUGGAAAUGAGGGCUACAAACAUUUCAAACUGUAUGCAGAGAUUGAUCAGAAAAUUCAGGUGGAUGAGCUGCAGGAUGCCAAGGAAGCCUUGAAGGUGAAUUAUGACUGGAGAAUUCAACAAAUUGAUGAAAUAAUAAAUGUGGCAAAAGAGUACUACAAGAAUCCAAAGAACAGCAAGGCAAUGUCUGAGUGGCAUGAACUAAAGAAAACUGUUUCCCUUGACAAGAGGAGUACAGUUAAAAGUAAUACAGAUAUUAAGUUUCAUCUUGCAUCACUCCAUGAGCACAGGACAAUUUUUACAUACAUCCUUAUUGCAAUGCAGCUGAUAUCAGUGGUUGUGACCUGUAUACUUGGAAAGCUGACAUAUAUAGGGUUGGAACCUAAGCUGGAGUUAAAGCCAGGAGUAAAGACAUUCAUGGGCACAGAGACGGUCCACAAAUGGAUCCCUCCAAAUGUGUGGAUAGGACCUUCGGAGCGAUAUUUAAUCAGUAUUGGAGCUCUAUAUGCCCCAUGUAUGAGAGAAGACUUUGAUAUCCAGAUAGACUUUGGUAAAGAUGGAUACAGUAAAACCAGCAUACUUGGUUGCUGUGAAGUUGCCAGAAGAAAUGUUGCAGGAACAACAACUCAAUCAGAGUGUGGAAAUAACACCAAUGGAGUAGGAGUUUGGAAAGAAGGUGUUGUGUGUAGUAAGCGGCCAUCAGGACAGAAUUCUGUGGGUCAUGUCUUGAAGCCCUGUUGUACAGGACUCCGAGGCCAGUGUCAGUUGUUGUCACACGAACACUGUCAGUUUCUGGAAGGCACCUUUCAUGUGUAUGGACCAGAACACUGUAGCCAGGUGAAUUGCCUAAGCUCAGUUUGUGGGAUGGGAGGCUUAGAGGCUGACUCUGCACGACCAUGGCUCCCUAGGGAGCCUAUCCAGUGGUGGAGACUACCCCUGUCUUUAGUCUAUCACCAUGGAGUGAUUCAUGCUGUCCUUGUGAGCCUUGCUCAACUUCUACUUUUCCGGAAGAUAGAACAGACUCUUGGCUGGCUUCGACUCAUUAUUUUAUAUCUUAUGACAGGGUUAGGUGGACUUCUGACUGCUGCUAUAUUUAGUCCCUACAUACCACAUGUAGGUGGCACAGCGACAGUGUUUGGAAUGGCUGGAUUGAUCACAGCUGAACUGGUACAUUACUGGCAUCUUGUCAGAAAUCCUGCUGUGGAAUUGACCAAGAUCUGUGGACUUCUUGUCAUAUUCUUGAUGUGUGGUACCCUUCCUUACAUUGAUAAUUACAGCAUCAUAUCCGGAUUCCUCUUGGGAUUCUUCUGCUCUGUAUUAUUUCUACCUUUCUUGUCCUUCACAAAGCAGCAGAAGCAUUGCCGCAUCAUCCUUCUAUGUCUUUGUGGACCCUUCAUAUUUCUGGUGUAUUUUUUCUUGUUUUACAUUUUUUAUAAAGUACAGACAUUUGAAGAAUGCUACGGAUGUAAAUUAUUUAACUGUGUUCCAUACAAAGAAACAAUGUGUGACCCCUCAUUGUGGGACGAUGAAUGACACGUAUAAAAAAAUGUGUAUAAUGAAAUAACAUUAAAACAUGUUUAUAAGAGACACUCUUGAUAUUUUGGAUUUCUUGAAACAGAAACAUAUGAUAUUUUCAAUUUGACUAAGGCACAGGAUUUCCAAAAGGAAUAUUAAAUAUGUUCAUCAGUGUUAAACCUUUCAUCGUUUUAACACACAGUUUAUUUCUUUAACUGUUGUACUGGCCAUCAGUCUAUAGGAAUUAUAUGUUCCAUACCAUACUAAUGACGGUGUGGUAAAAGAUGCCAAAGUCAUAAAGAAGUAGCAUUGAUUGUCCUAAAAAAAUGAUAUGAUAUGUCAGUUCGCUGUUUAUGAAAUAUAGAGGCAGAACAUACAUGUAUCUACAGGGCAGGAAAAAGUCUGGGUCCAUUUGGCCUGGCCAGUAGAUUUGGUCAGGGGGCAAGCAAACACUGGUGACUACAGGCCCGAUUGCGAAGUGCAUUUCACAUAAUUUUUAUCUUUUCCCUAGAGUAAUUUCAGAUACUACUAAUUCAGCUAGUUUAUUUGGACCACUAUGUUUUACAUUUGGCCAAGUACUUUCAGAUCCCAAACCUGCCUGAAGGACCAGUGAUUAUAAAAUUAGUUUUCCUGUCCUGAUCUAAUACUUAUAUAGAACAAUAAAAUGAUAUCAAAUACAUACAUGUACUAACCAACUGAAUUGUGUUCUAUACUACACCACAUCUUUAAUGACCAAAAAAGACCAAACUAGUUAUUUUCCCAUUAAAGUAUUGUUGAAAUUAAUUAAUGGCCUUAACAGAUACAUGUACUUGCAUUUUUUAAAAGGUCCCAAUUUUGACUACAAGAUUUAUUCUUUUUCAUCUAUCUGCAGCUUUAGAAACCGUGCAUAGUAAGUGUUGUCCAUCUAGUAUUCCCAAAUUGUGUAGGGUGUAUAUAUAGCCAAUAAUUAU